AUGGAAGCUAAAUGCAUUGGUUUCAACUGCAAAACCUCAUUGAAAUACAAAUAUGCAGUUGGCGAUAAAAGAUAUUCUCGAUAUGUACAAGAAUGGAUGAAACCCCUGUUGGAAGCUGAUGGUAUUGCAACAACUGAUGUUGGGGAGGCAAAGAUGUGCCCAAAGUGUUAUACUAGAUAUUUAAGGAAGCGUCCAAGGUCAGAGCCCAUGGUAGAUGACUCAAAUACAUAUGAGUCUAAGAAGAGCAACUGCAAUCCUGUUGAGGAAGAAAGUGUCUCAAUCUGUCCUACGGUUGAUGACCUCUUUUUCACUCCAUCCUCUCACAGGAAAUGUUGCCUUUGCCUUUCAUAUACUGAACAAACUGCCACAAUUCCUGAAAAGGCUAGGUUCCAAUUGAUCUUGUUUCACAGGAUAUGGGUCUCUAAGUCUGCGAGAUCAUGCGCAGACCACUUUAUUGGGAAAGACUUGGAUCCUAAUUUUCCAAUUACUGCUGCUGGAAGGGAAAAGUUGUCACUCUAUCUUCCAGAUAAACAUGAAGAGCUGAUCAAUGAUCUUCUGAGAUUAUCGUACCAACGUGGUAGUGGAAAGACAUCAUUUUCUUUCAAUCUGAAAAAUAUGGAUGACCAAGACUGUCUGGCUUGGACUGGGUGGAACAUGGAGCAGCUGCAAGAGCUUCAUAGCCGAUGUGCACAUCUAAUAUCUUCCCAGUGUUUGUCAACAGAAGAUUGUCUCCUCUUGUUUUGGGUCAAACUCAAAACGGACAUAUCCUAUACACAGUUGGCAUCCAUAUUCAACCUGCAUAAAUGCAGUGUCAGUAGAAUAUUCCACAAUGUUGCUCAAUCUCUUGAGGCGACAGUUGUUCCCUUGUAUCUGGGAUCUGAACAUAUUUCUAGAGAAAACGCCAUCAACCAUAACACUGCAUUCACCAAGACUUUCUUUAGUGAUAAUUCAGAGGACCAUAUCAUCGUAGAUCGUGGAUUCAGGGAUGUUCUGAAAGACAUCUCUGAAGUGGGAUAUGGACAUCACAUUCCAUCCUUUCUCCAGCCAGGAAAGAGCCAGCAUGAUUCUCUUGAAGCCAAACACUGA